CCCCUCCACCCCCCCUUCACCUCACACCUUCAGCUCCGGGCCGAGGGGUUUACUUCCAUCGCUGGGGGGUUUGGGGUGAGCCUGUCACUCCGCCCUGGGGGCUUCCCACCAUCUCCUCUCUGCACAGCGACGGGAGCAUGCUAACGGGGGACGCUUAACCCCCGCAGCACACCGCAGCGAGGGCUCCCGUCCGACUCCGCAGAGGUCCGGCCGAGCUGAACCAUGCGACAGUGGUGUGUCCCCUCCGCGACCCCUCGCACCGAAGCCCUCCCGGGGCGGCUGUCCGUGUCACCCCCUCCACCAGAUGCCAGGAUGGAGUGCUGCGAGGUGGAGCCGCGCUACACCAUCGAGCAGAUCGACCUCCUGCAGCGCCUGCGUCUCUCCGGCAUGACCAAGCCUCAGAUCAUCCACGCCCUGGAGUCCCUGGAGAGGCUGGACCCGGACCGCCGCCCGCCCCGCUGUGACUCCCAGCCCGCCACGUCCAACAACGCCCCGGCCCCCGCCCCCGCCGCCACCGCCGCCGCCCCGGCCCCGUCCUCCUCCACGUCCUCCUCCUCCUCGCUGUCCCUGGCCUCCGCCACCACGCAGACCUCCGGCCUGGACGGCGCCGCGCUGUCCCCUAGCAACAGCUACGAGGCGUCUCCUCCGCCCCUCUACCCUCCCAGCGUGGCGGUUCAGCGGUCCUUCAGCUACGACAUGAUGGGGGAGGAGGAGUGGGACCUGGAGGAGAAAGUGGAGGAGUACAUGAGGAGAGACAGCAACCUGGUGAAGGAGGAGAUCAAAACGUUCCUCAACAAUCGCAGGAUCUCUCAGGCCAUCGUAGGCCAAGUCACAGGCAUCAGCCAGAGCUACAUCUCCCAGUGGCUUCUGCAGCAGGGCCUGGAGAUGAGCGACUCCAAGCGCCGCGCCUUCUACCGCUGGUACCUGCUGGAGAGGAACAACCCGGGGCUGAGGUGGAGUGAAAGCCAGCACAGCGUGAGUCCCAGGGCCAGGGGAGGGGACAGAGACGGGACGGUGGCGGGGGCCAGCGGCUGCCUCCCCAACCCCAACACCAACCUCAACCCCAACCCAGUGUGGAGCAGGCAGAGAGAGCUGCUGAUGCACUUGCUGCCGUGGUACACUGCGGCCGCCGCCGCCGCCCAGGCCCAGCCAGGGGCCACGCUGUCCAUGCGCUCCCUGGUGAAGGAGGAGCCCGACUGGAGGACGGGGAUCAUGGCAGGCGACCGAGUGGGGGCGGUGGGCGGGCCUCUGAGGCUGCGCAGGGGGAGCAGGUUCACCUGGAGGAAGGAGUGCCAAUCAAUCAUGGAGAGUUUCUUCGUGGAGAACCAGUACCCGGACGAGGCCAAGCGAGAGGAGAUCGCCAACGCGUGUAACUCCGUCAUUCAGAAACCAGGCUGCAAGCUGUCUGAGUUUGAGCGCGUCACGGCGUUGAAGGUGUACAACUGGUUUGCCAACCGCCGGAAGGAGAUGAAGAGGAGGGCGAACAUCGAAGCCGCCAUUUUGGAAAGCCACGGAAUUGAGGUGCCGAGCCCGAGCGGCCACUCGAACGGCGAGGAGGGAGAGCUGCAGGAGUUUGCCGAGCAGGAGGAAGCCUCUUCCCACAGGAUUGUUGACCAACAAGACCCAUCGUCGUUGGCGACCAGGGAGGCCGCGGCCCCGCCGAGCCCCCACCCUCAGGUCCCUGAUCGGAAAGAGGAGCUCGCCAAAAGGGAGACGGUGGACGAGGAGUGACCGGAGCCGCUGCAGUUUGGAUCAUAUUUGAAUUUUUCCGGCAAGAUGAAAUGGGGGGGGGGAGUGUCUCCUCCUCCACCCACGUAGAGACUUUUCGAGACAAAUCGCACCCAACAGUCAAAGGGAGAAGGGUGCUGAAGCUCGCUGAGGUGCCUCUAAUAGUAAGGAGGCCACUGUAUUUAUCAACAGUAAUCCUGCUCAUAUUAAUGGCAAUAUACAGUAUAUAUAAAUAUAUAUAUCAUUAUAUAGUGCAUUCCAAGAUGGUAUUAAAGAGCCUAAAUUCCUUAGAGGGAGGAUUAUGUAAUGGAUACCUCGCCCAUUUUAAAGCUAAGCCUUUUCUUUGUGUCUUCGCUACAUGCCUUCCGUUAGCCUUUAAAAGGAGCGCUUGUUUUGAUGGACUGUCUUGACGUGAGUGUGCCAAGCCUGCAGGUCAGGUGCGUUUUGGGCGUGUCGGGGUCCGUAAGACUCUCGACCUCAAUCGGGCCGAUCGAUUUCAGUCGGUCAAUCAACGAGUGCUGUUGCUACGGAGUCCGAAAAAAGCCCCUGAGGGACGUCUGGCAUCUCAGGUAACCCCAAAAAACCCGGUGGAUAAGAACGGCGAAAUGGUCUCAACGCGCUUUAAUUUCUUCAUCUUCGUCAUCUUAAAUGUCUUUAACCAAAACAGGACAUGUUAUUUAUACCUUUUUAUAUUAGCAGAAAGCGUGUGUGUGUGUGUGUAUAUAAUUUAUAUACAUAUACGUAUAUAUAUAUAUAUAUAUAGACACGCGUCGCAGUAUGUCGUCUUCAUUGUUCGACCCGAUGCUGCAGCUUUUUGGAGUCUUCCCUCAUCUCAAACCUCAACUCAGCCAGUGAAGCUCGACUCGAUCCGUGUUCCUCGUUUUCCUUUUUGUUACGUUUGAAAUAACGCUAAAAACAACAAUGUGAUCAAAACCGACGCGUCGGCACCUUCUCUCCUGUUGGGAUAAGCGUGUGUGUGUGUGUGUGUGUGUGUGCGUGUGUGUGUGUUGGAUGACCUCCUACAGACUCCACUGUAACUCUGCAUACUUGCCGGCUCCCUUGAAGUUCAUGAAACGGACUACCACGUGACCACGUUACCUCGUAAAGCCAAAGCUUCGCCACAGCAGAGCAGAGCGAGCAGGAAGCGAGGCGGGCGGCGUGGAGCCGCACCACGUAGACGUUCGGUUCGCUCGGUGCAGCUGAAAGCUGCAGCUUACCUCAGAAUGUCUCUCAGAGACAGGGACAGGGACAGUGUUAUGUAGCAUUUCUAACUGGUCCCGAGUCGGUUCUGAUUAUUACGCUUCUCUCUAUCUGCUUUUAUCUAACAACCAGAAGAAAAAAAACAACAAUAACAAUAAAAUUGUAAACGAA